AUGGUUCAAAGCAAAGCAAGAGACUUCAAAAUGAAGAAAACAAAAUAUUUUCUCAUUGCAACCCUUGUGAUUUUCACUUUUGCUGGUAUGGCCGUAUGUAGUCAGACUGAUGACGAAAUGGAACAACCGGCCUGUGAUAAAUAUAUUUUUCCAGCAUGUCCAAGGAAUUAUGCUCCACUCUGUGGCACAGAUGGUAAAACCUACUCAAAUGAGUGUGUGCUGUGCAUGGAGAUCAAGCAACGAAAGGCCAACAUUCGUAUACGUAAACCAGGACCUUGCUGAUUUACACAUUUCAACACGAGAAUGAAAACCGCAUUUUUGCAAAUGCAAUGACAAUCUUCUUGAUAAAUAAACAGCAAAAUUGCUUACCA